UCUCUUUUAUUUCUCUCUAUCAACUUUUUCUCUUCUUUCUCUGUGUUUCUCUUGCACUUUCUCUGUAGAAACAAGAGCUUCUAAAAUAAUGGGAAACAGUUCAAUAGCUCGUGCAGCAGUUGGAAUUCUAGGCAAUGUGAUCUCUUUCGGUUUGUUUUUGUCACCAGCUCCAACUUUCUAUGGAAUUAUAAAGAAGAAAGCUGUAGAAGAAUUCAAACCAGAUCCAUACUUAGCCACAAUAAUGAAUUGUGCAUUUUGGGUAUUAUAUGGAAUGCCUUUUGUGCACCCACACAGCACUUUAGUCUAUACCAUCAAUGGCACAGGAGUUGUGAUUGAAAUUGUCUUUCUCACCAUAUUUUACAUCUAUUCUACCAACAAAGGAAGGAAAAAACUAGUUCUUAUUCUUGCUAUUGAGACUAUUUUGUUUGCGGCCGUUGUUCUGAUAACAAUGUUAGCAUUUCAUGACACUACAAAAAGAUCUUUGAUAGUUGGUGUUAUUUCUGGUGUCUUCAACGUAAUGAUGUAUUUCGCUCCUCUAACCGUCAUGGUAAAAGUUAUAAAAACUAAGAGUGUGAAAUAUAUGCCAUUUUGGCUCUCUCUAGCAAACUUAUUAAAUGGCUUGGCUUGGACAACUUAUGCUAUCCUUCACCCAUUUGAUAUUUAUAUCUUGAUAUGCAACAGCAUUGGAGUAGUUUCUGGAAUUGUUCAGCUUAUUCUAUAUGCUUGUUAUUGCUCUAACAAAGAUGAAAACAAUGAAGAUGGUGAUGUUGAGAUGAAACCAACUAAGUAGUGUUCAUUUUUUUUUUGAUAAGCAAAUAUGAAAUUAAGGAGUACAAGGGGUACUCAACCCGUCUACAAGAUGCGAAUCAAACAAAGUUACAACGAUGCCGCACGAAUGCAAGACAAAGGAUCUAGGAACCAGAGCAAACUAUUACAACCAGCACCCCCCUUAAUCCUAGCACAGAACCAGUCCCACGCUAAUGACUUAGUCAUCUCCACAAUUUCCCGGACCCCUUUGGUACCACCUUCGAAGAAAGUAUCAUUUCGCACAAGCCAAAUUGCCCACACCACCGCAAACCAAAAGAUAGCACCAAAGAAUUUACUAACCUUACACAUCAUAGUUUCUUUAAUUCCUUAUGUCUUUACUUAUUUUUAUGUUUUGUCUUGUAUUGAAUAUGAAGGAAGCACAAGAAAUAUUUAAUAAGGGGAAGACAUUUAUUAAUUUUGAUUUAAGUUUGUAAUAAUAUGUGAGAACAUUGUCAUUGCUCCUAAUGGUAGCCAACUAACCAUCAUUUUCCAAUUAUAUUCUUUAGUUCCUCUAA